CUUUGAGCGGACCAAGCCCGGCUCCAGCCCCAGCCCUUUGCCUUGAGAAGCGCACCCGCGCACAAUGUCGCGCAGCCAACUUACCACCAAGGAGGGCAAGAAGCAGGCCGCAGCAGCUGCGAAGCGCCACGACGAGCUGGUGAAGAAGGCGGAGCGAGCCCUCAAGACAAAGGCCGUCAACCACAAAGAAACAGCGCGAGGACUGCUGCAGGCGGCAAUCAAGGAGCAGCGCGCGCCGGCAACGAUCCUUCUACUGGCGAACCUUCAGUACGAUAUGAACCGCUUCGCGGACGCGGCAACGUCAGCGGAGCUCGUGCUGCGAUCCGGACCGGGCGCUUCGCAACAGCGAGACGCGGAGGCCUUGCUGGCCAGGAUCGGAGGCAGCAGGAAGAGCAAGGAGCCGCAGACACCGACGUCGGCCAUCGAUGGGCUUCUGGAUUCCGUGCUGGGGGGCUCAACUCCGCAGAGGAGAUGCGCCUCCGACCCUUGGGCACCCAGCCUGCCUCCCAGCCAGCCCAGCACCGAGGCUCUCUCGUCGGUGGACGCGCUCUUCGGCGGAGCGAGCGCAAGGACACCGCCGCAGCAGCGCUCCAACCCGUUUGGCGACGAGGAGAGCUGCGGCAGCGCCGCCUCCAACCCGUUUGGAGGCGAGUCGGACCCAACCCCGUUUGACGAGGAGGAGGGCUCCGAGUGGGAGGGCGGGGAGGGCGGAGUGACGACCUUGGCGCUGCGGCCUGGCGACGACGCCGGGGAGGAGCACAUCGAGGACCCUCUCGAGGUGGCGCUCUCGUCGCUGAGCAAGAUUGCGACGCGCGUGGAGGAGCUCGCCCUCGCGGGGCCAGAAUCGGAGGGCGAGCUGCUCCAGCUUGUACGUGCGCUCGCCAAGCUGCACUGAGUGAGGAGCUCCGGGGUUUGGCCUAGGGUUUGGCGACAGAGUAGUGAUCAUACUCCAUACUGAAGUGACGUAAGUGGUGCGCGUGCGAGUACGUUUAGGUCUGCAUGUGGCGACUGGUCGCGUUCGCCCCGCGCGCUCGCCUUUGGCCUGGGUGCACAGUGUGGGUGUGCCAGAGUGUGCUGUCUGUUGUGAGUCUUCACUCUAUUCAGUCAGACUAGGAUGCGGGCACCUGGCUGUGUGCGUGCAGGGCCGUGCACUCACCGCGUCUGGGUCUGGCGUCUGCGUCUCGCGCUCUCGCCGGACGCCGCUCCGACCCGUUGCACACACACGUUCGGACACAAUUGCUGUGACACACCCUGAUCUCCCUGACCCUGUGCUCGAGUGCUGUUUUCUGUUUAAAAUAUUAAUUAUUAUAAAAUUC